UUCUUCUUCUUCUUCUUCUUCUUCUUCUUCUUAUCUCUAGUCUCACCAAUGGCGAUUCGAACCCUAAUCUCGAGGCUUCCAUCCUUGCUCUCCUCUUCUCGGUCCCUUUCCCUAUCUCCCGGUGCUCCUCUGCUCCGUCUCCGUCCCUUGGUCGUGCUCGCUGACUGCAUUCCCACCGCCACAUACUCCGGCUGCGCAGCUGCCCGUGCGUUGUGCACGACGGCAACGGAAUCGUCUCUCAAUGAUUCACAGCCGAACUGGAGCAACAGGCCGCCGAAGGGGACAAUUCUUUUAGAAGGAUGCGACUUUGAGCACUGGCUCGUCGUCAUGGAGCCCCCCGAUCCCAGCCUCACCCGUGAUGAGAUCAUCGAUUAUUAUGUCAAGACCCUCGCCGAGGUUGUUGGCAGUGAGGAAGAGGCAAGGAUGAAGUUGUAUUCAGUAUCAACUAAACAUUACUUUGCAUUUGGAUGCCUUGUUUCUGAGGAGGUCUCUUACAAGAUUAGAGCUGUUGAUAAGGUUCGCUGGGUGGUUCCUGAUUCUUACCUGGAUGUUAACAAUAAAGAUUAUGGAGGUGAACCUGUCAUCAAUGGAGUACCUGUACCUUAUGACCCUAAAUACCAUGAGGAAUGGGUUAGGAACAAUGCACGAGCAAUGGAGAGAUCUCGACUCAAUGAUAGAUCCCAUGACAGGUCAAGGAAUUUUGAAAGGCGAGGAGAGGACAUUCAGAACUUUCAAAACAGAGAUGCAUCUCCAAUGACACCAAAUAUGCCACCAAGGGAACCAUCAAAUGUAGCUGGUAUGCAUGGUCCAGGAAGUCAGAACCCUAUGCGUAGUUCUCCAGGAAACUACCGGCUUCCAAACUGAUGCAUCUGAUGUGACCCAAAUACGCAGAAGUGGGCGCACUGAAAGGGUAUCAACACAAGUCACGAGGUUCAAGGACUUUGUUAUGUAAAAUGAGGUGCUCUGACGUGUGGGUGGCAGACAAAUGAAGUAGGGAAACAGAAUCAUGCAUUAAAUCAUAAGACUGUUGGUCAUACUAGUAGUUAUCAUGUAAUCAAUUUGAA